CACGGUGUGUUUUUUCGCACUAAAUUAUGAUAUUCGCUUCAGUUUGUCCGUGUCAUUGACAGUCGGCGCACGAGCAGAAACCAACAUCACAAAUGGAGGCAAUUAUAUUCGACGCCAAGACCUUAACCCUGAAGUAUGACAACAAAUAUCCGAUGCCGAAGAUCGUCAACGAUGACGAUGUUAUCGUGAAAGUUGAAUACUCUGGUGUAUGUGGCACAGAUUUGCAUAUUAUUCAGGGCGAGUUUCCUUCGUCUAAAGUACGUCCGUUUCCCUUGGGUCACGAGUUUAGCGGAGUAGUCCAUGACGUUGGCCCGAAGUCGAUCUUCAAGAAAGGGCAGCCUGUCGUCGUUGAUCCUAAUCGUGCCUGCAACCUCUGUAACUUCUGUCGAGAAGGCAACUAUCAUUUUUGCCUAACAGCAGCUGUCAAAACUACCGUAGGCGUCUUUUGCGAUGGUGGCUGGGCUCAGUACUGCCGAGUGCCUCAAGAUCAGGUUUUCGCUUUGCCAGAAGGAAUUACUACUGAACAAGGGGGUCUGUGCGAGCCGUACUCUUGCGUGUCCCAUGGCUUCGAUCGCGCUUCACCUAUUUCAGUUGGAAAGAAAAUUCUUAUUGUCGGAGCCGGUAUUAUUGGAAACCUGUGGGUGACCACUCUGCACCAUCACGGACACAGAGAGGUCACUGUCUCCGAGAUGAAUAAGAGCAGACUGGAGAUUGUCAAGAAAUUGAACACGGGCUACAGGCUGGUGUCUCCUGAUAUCUUGGAGAAGGAGAAGCAGCUCUAUGACGUCAUCAUCGAUUGUACAGGUGUUGGCAAAGUGAUGGAGAUUAGCUUUAACUAUCUCCGCCAGGGCGGUAAAUACGUGCUCUUCGGAUGCUGUCCCCCUACUCACCAGGCUUCACUCAACCCUUUUGACAUCUACAACAAGGAACUGACUUUAAUAGGGGUGAGGGUCAACCCCUUCAGCUUCCCUAAGGCCAUUGGCUGGCUUAAAGCUAUGGGCGACAGAUACCUGAACUAUGAAAACCUUGGAGUUAAAACCUACACGCUAUCUGAAUACCAGACUGCUUUGAAGGAUUUGAAGGCGGGCACUAUCGCUAAAGCUGUAUUUAAACUGAAACACUGAAUUGUAUGCGUUUUUUCCAAAAAUGGCAAUUAUAAUAGAAUUUUUAACGUUGAA